GUCCUCUUCCCGCCAUCGCGUCGGUCGCUGUAACCCGUGUGUGUAUCCAUAGUCGUGCUUACUCUUUCUUCCUCUCAUCUGUACAUUGUAACAGCCAUCCCUCGGCGGGCGUCUCAUCGCGAGGUCGCAUAGACGUCGGCGCAGCGCCGCUCCACCCAACACAACUGCACAUUUUCACACCGAUCUCGGCCCUCACGACGACAACAACAACCCGCCCCCCUCGCCUCCUGCCAUGUCGUCCCCGCAAAGCCCCGUCCAAGCCGCGCCGCCGCCCGCGUCCCCCUCCUUCGUGGGCGGCAUCUCGAGCGGCAUCACGAACCACGCCGCCGAGAUCAUCGGCACGUCGCCGCUGCUGUCCCGCCUGCCGGGCAUGCAGCGCGUCGGGCGCCCGCCGCUCGUGUCGACCGGCUCGAGCGGCGCGCCGUCAACCACCACCACCAGCACCCCGCCGACGACGACAAGCCCGCGCAUCCAGAGCCCGCGCAGCCCGCGCGCCCCGCCCGCACCUGUGCGCGCGAUCACGAGCGCGUCGGGUGUGCUUGCUGCGCUGAUGGACCCGGGCAGGAGCCACUCGGACCGGCAAUACGCCGAGACCGUCGUUCGCGGCUACGUUCAGGCCAAGCUGUCCCGCAAGAAGGGCAAGGGCGACAUCGCACCCAAGCUCGACGCGAUCGAGCACAAGGUGCCGCAGUACAAGUCGGUGUUCCGGAGCGUGCGCAACGAGUUUGGCCUGCCGGCGUGCACGCCCGCGCCGGAGCGCGCUACCUCGCCCGGGCGCUCGCGCUCGCCUGCGGGCCGCUCGACGUCGCCGGGCGCAAGCACGUCGCGCGUGCCGACGUCGCCCAACGUGCACCCCGCGCUGCUGUCGCGUCCCGGCGUGCACCGCGCCGACACGGAAAGCUCGGACGACUUCGACAUGCCCCCUCGCUACGAGGACGCGGGGCGCGACACGCCCGUGUCCCCCGUCUCGCCAGGCAUCACGAUCACGGGCGGCUCGCCGCUGCCCUCCCCCGUGCCCCCGUUUGCGGCGCUCCCGCCGGCAGUGACCGCCUCGCCGCCAACGUCGCGUCCUGGCUCGCCGCCCAACCUCGCGCCGCCGCCCAACCGGCCGGGCAGCCCGCCCGUCCGGCCAGGCGUGCAGCGUAACUCGUCCGGCCCGAUCCAGACGACGAUCGCAGUGCAGAGCCUGUUCCAUCCGCCCAUGGUGCGCCCCGGCCAGACUUCGCAGUCGCCCACGUCCCCGAACGACCUCGAAGCGCGCCUCGUGCAGGCCGAAGUCGUCCGUGCCCAGGCGGAGCGCGCGCGUCGGGACGGCGAGGCGGCGCGGCGCGAGGGCGAGAUUGCCAAACGCGAGGCCGAGGCCGCGAGCCGUGAAGCCGAGGCUGCGCGCCGCGAGGCCGCACUCGCGGCAAGAGAGCGCGACCUCAGCCGCCACCUCGAGGAGGCGGAACAGGGGCGUCGCCGCGCUGAAGACGCGCGCCGGGACCUCGAGCGCCGCCUGGCGGAUAUGGAGUACGAGCUCAGUCUCCUCCGCCCGACUCAGCGGCGCGCCGUAUCCGCGCCGAGCACGGAGUGGGCGGACUCGAGCCCCGAGGCCACGCCUGCUGCAGAGAAGACAGUCCACGAGGUGUAGGCUGUGUAUGAGCUCGCUCGAGUCGGAUAUCCAUAACCCCCCUGCUACAGGCGCCAGACGCCGCUGUACAACAAGGACACUGCUCUCAGAGCCCUAUCCCGGACAAUGACCCCCUCCCCCCCUCCCUUAGUUACCCACCGCUCCAACCACAUCCCAACGCACACCUCUACACUAUGUACCACUACCCCACCCCCAUCAUCCCCCUCAUAUCCAUUCCAUAGCAGAGAGAUGUACGAGUACUACUGUUG